ACGUGAUCCACGCAGCUCCAGGAAGUAGAACUGUUCGUUGUUUCUUCCGGCUUUAUUAUUUUUGGUCAUGUUCGUUAACGCAGUUUGGUCGCUUCUUGGUUGGUGGGUUUUACUGUGCACCGCGAAGCCGGCUUGGAAAGAAAAUGCCACCGUACCUCUAGUGCUGUGGCAUGGAAUGGGUGACAGUUGCUGUAACCCCCUCAGUAUGGGAGCCAUCAAAAAGAUGGUGGAGCUGGAGAUUCCAGGGAUUUAUGUGCUGUCUCUGGAGAUUGGAAACAACAUUGCUGAGGAUGCAGAAAAUAGUUUCUUCAUGAACACCAACGAUCAAGUGACAAUGGCAUGUGACAAGAUUUCCAAGGAUCCACACCUACAAGCAGGAUACAAUGCCAUGGGCUUUUCCCAAGGGGGGCAGUUUUUGAGAGCUGUGGCUCAGAGAUGUCCAUCUCCACCAAUGAAGAAUCUUAUUUCAGUUGGGGGACAACAUCAAGGUGUGUAUGGUCUCCCACACUGCCCUGGUCAUAGUGUAGCCAUCUGUAACUGGAUCAGAAAAAUGCUCAAUACAGGAGCAUACACCAAAUUGGUACAAGAUCACUUGGUCCAAGCUCAGUACUGGCAUGACCCACUAAAUGAAGAGCUCUAUCGGCAGCAUAGCCUUUUCCUUGCUGACAUUAACCAAGAGAGGACUGUUAAUGAGACCUACAAGAAGAACCUGCAGGCACUGGAGAAGUUAGUGAUGGUGAAGUUUUUGAAGGAUUCGAUGGUGGAGCCAGUUGUGUCAGAGUGGUUUGGAUUCUACAAGCCUGGUCAAGCAAAAGAAACCGAAUCUUUACAAGAGAGUGCAUUAUACAAAGAGGAUCGUCUAGGCCUACAGGCAAUGGACAAGGCUGGAAAGUUGAUGUUCUUGACCUCAGACGGUGAUCAUCUUCAGUUUACUGACGAGUGGUUCAAAAACAACAUUCUGCCCUACCUGCAUUGAGCUGGGACUCAUGAUCGCUUGCAGUGCUAAAAUAAAUGGCUUUCCUGACCCCCUUCUUCAUCUACUGCACAGAUCAGGAAAUUGUAGGAGAUUAGAGGACCAGCCAGCUUUGCCAUCCAAGAAGUGCACACUUACUGUCUUGAGCGAGCCCCUGGAUUAUUGGAAGGUGGUGCAAACACAAGGGGUGCUACAUGGGCCUGCUGACUGGGGGUUAACUGCAAACUGAAGGACCUUAUAGAGAAGCUAAGCUAACUUUUAAAUGAACUUUUUUUAAUCUAAUUUAAAAUCCUACUAACCUCAGUGACAACGUGAAUCUGUUUCUGCUAAGUUUUAUAUUGUUUACAAACAAAAAUGAAAAUUAAAUAAGCUUCUUGAUUUUGA